AUGUCCGACGAAACUGCUGCUGUUUCUUGCCUGCAACUCCUGCUGCUACGCCUAAGAAGAAGGCAAAGAGUGGCCCCUAAAAAGCCAAAAACCAUGCCAUCCCAUCCCAAGGUUUCCGAGAUGGUGGUCGAUGCUAUCACCAUCCUCAAGGAGCGUGGAGGUUCCUCUCUCCAAGCUAUCAAGAAACACAUUGGAGCUCACCACAAAGUUGAUAUGGACCGACUGACCCCAUUUAUCAAAAAAUACCUGAAGAGUGCUGUCGCAGCUGGAACUCUGGUGCAAACCAAGGGAAAAGGUGCCACCGGCUCCUUCAAACUCAGCGCAUCAGGCCAGAAAAGCAAAGAACCCGGAAAAACCACAAAACAACCAAGAAAGAAGAAAAUGCCACCUCAAGCAUCUGGAAAAGCCGUGAAGAAGGCGGGCAAGGCCCAGAAAGCUGUCCGUACUGGUGACAAGAAAAAGAGGAAGAAGCGCAGGAAGGAAUCUUUCGCUAUUUACAUCUACAAAGUCUUGAAACAAGUUCACCCCGACACUGGAAUCUCAAGCAAGGCUAUGUCCAUCAUGAAUUCUUUUGUCAAUGACAUCUUCGAGAGAAUUGCAGCUGAAUCUUCAAGACUGGCUCAUUACAACAAGAGAAGCACCAUCACCAGCCGAGAAAUCCAAACUGCUGUGGCGUCUCCUCUUGCCCGGAGGCAAAGUAAAGGGAAAGAGCAAGACUCGAUCCAGCCGUGCAGGUCUGCAAUUCCAGUCGGCCGUAUCCAUCGUCUGCUGCGUAAGGGAAAUUAUGCCGAAAGAGUCGGAGCUGGUGCACCAGUGUAUUUAGCUGCUGUGCUCGAAUACUUGGCUGCUGAGGUUUUGGAGUGGCAGGUAAUGCUGCAAGGACAACAAAAAGACCAGAAUUAUCCCAAGACAAUCUCCAGCUCGCCAUCAGAAACGAUGAAGAAUUUUCGAAUCAACAUGUCCGACGAAACUGCUGCUGUUUCUGCCGCAACUCCUGCUGCUACGCCUAAGAAGAAGGCAAAGAGUGGCCCUAAAAAGCCAAAAACCAUGCCAUCCCAUCCCAAGGUUUCCGAGAUGGUGGUCGAUGCUAUCACCAUCCUCAAGGAGCGAGGUUCCUCUCUCCAAGCUAUCAAGAAACACAUUGGAGCUCACCACAAAGUUGAUAUGGACCGACUGACCCCAUUUAUCAAAAAAUACCUGAAGAGUGCUGUCGCAGCUGGAACUCUGGUGCAAACCAAGGGAAAAGGUGCCACCGGCUCUUCAAACUCAGCGCAUCAGGCCAGAAAAGCAAAGAACCCGGAAAAACCACAAAAAAACCCCAAGAAAGAAGGUGCAACUGCUGCAAAAAAACCCAAGGCCGCAGCAAAGAAAGCUUCAAAGCCCAAACCAAAGGCAGAGAAGAAAAAACCAGCUGCCAAAAAGACACCGGUCAAAAAAGCUACCAAAGCCAAGAGUCCCAAGAAAGCAGCCAAGGCAACAAAGCCCAAGUCUCCAAUGAAAAAAAUGAAGACCCCAAAAAAGGCUACACCCAAGAAGGCAAAAAAAUGA